GGACUCCAGCAUGCGUACGCUCUCCUCGAUGUCUUCAUAUUUCACUGAUGCUAUUUUACGGUGUUCCGAGAUGAUAGCGCGGCAGGCAGUCCAGUCUAUCCCUGGAAGACAGUGAAUUCCAAGGUCGAGUCUGAUAACGUGCAUACUAGCUUCAUCAAGACCAUCUUUACGCACCCUAAUGGAGAAGACACCAAACGGAAAAGACUCUGAUAUUCAAAUGUUUACCAGCAUUUCCUGCAUGCUCUGCGAUUUAACUGUCACGAAAGAAGAAAUAUUGAAACAUAUUACGACUCACAAAAAUGAAUCACCAUUUCAGUGCCCGGACUGCUCCGAUUUAUUUGGAGAUUUAGAAGCUUUUCGAGACCAUGUUGAUCUACCUGGCAAUCUGCCUUCAAACGAUUGUACAACAGUAUCUCAAACAACUGCUGAGAGGUGUCUAGAAAAUAUAAUGGAAUAUCCCCACGAACGUAGGAAGAGCGUGGCUAUUGAUCCGCCCAUAUCCUUUAAAGGUUUGCAGAAAACAACUAACUCUAUAGAUGACCGCAGAGUAGGCCCAAAAUUGCAUUCAGAGAUUAAACCCGAAAUAAAAAUCGGCAAAGAACAGAUUGUAAAGAUCAAAAACCUUAAUGGAGGGUUUGAUGAGACGAAGACAUCUCUUCAAAAAACUGUUGAUUCAGCAGCUGCAUUGGAACACAAUUUUGAUAUGACCAAAUGUGACAGCCCAACCAAUCAGAAUGCAUCAAGGAAUACCUUCAAUUGCCUCACUUGCAACAAAUCAUUUUCAAAAAAAUCAAAUCUACAAAUACAUAAGAGAAUCCACUCAGGCGUGCAGGACUACCAGUGCAACUAUUGUGGUCGAACAUUCUCCUAUGCAGGUAAUUUAAAAGUUCACCUUCGAAAACACACUGGAGAUCGGCCUUACCAGUGUAAAGUUUGCAAGAAAACCUUCUACAAUGCUUCCAACCGAUCACAUCAUGAGAGAAAGCACGCUGGGGAGAAAGUUAGAUGUGAAACAUGUGGAAAGUAUGUUUCUGAUUUAUCCAGUUACAUUAAACAUAGAAGGAUCCAUACAGGCCAGAAAUCAUAUGAGUGCGAAAUUUGUAAAAAGAGUUUUAGGCAAAUGGAGCAUCUACGGAAGCACAUUAGAGGCCAUACUGGUGAGAAACCAUUCUGUUGUGAUAUAUGUAAAAAAUGCUUUGGUAGAAAAGAUGUCUUAGCUAUUCAUAAAAGGCGGCACUCUACAAAGAAUUCCAAAAAUAGCAGCAAGGAUUCAAUAAAUUGA